GCUAUUUCUUUUGAAUAUGGGUUAUACCGAAGAAGAAAAGUUUGAAAUUAUGAGGUUGUUUUACAAAGACAACAAUAAUGUUGCUCGAGCGCAAGCUGAAUAUCACCGUAUUCAUCCCGAAAUGAGAGUUCCUGCUAGGUCCACUUUUUAUUACACUGAAAGGAGUAUGAGAAACCACAAAAAUCUACAAAGAAAAAAACGAACAGUUUUAGCUAACGCGGAUGAAGAACUACAAAUUUUAUUAUAUUUUCAAGAAAAACCAUAUUUAUCAACCGUAGAUGCUAGUAGACACUUUCAAUGCUCUAGAUCUAAGAUUCAAAGAGUUCUUCAGAAAUAUGGAUAUCAUCCUUACAAAUUGAUGCCAGUACAAAAAUUAACAAAUAAUCAUGAAAUAAGAAGGCUAACAUACUGUAAUCAGAUGUUAGAUAUAAAAAACGUAGAUAACGAUAUCUUUAAUAAAAUCUUGUGGACGGAUGAAGCUGUAUUUACAACAGCAGGGAUGUAUAAUAGAAAAAAUACUCACAUGUGGGCACCAGCAAAUCCUCACGCAAACGUCGAAAUAAAAAAACAGGGCAGAAUGUCAUUAAAUGUGUGGUGUGGUAUCCUUAGAAACCAAAUAAUUGGACCCAUUAUAUUUCAAGGAUCUUUGACUGGAAAUAGGUAUUUGCGGUUUCUAGAAAAUGAGAUUGAAGCUUUAUUAGAAGAAAUACCUUUAAGAGAAUAUACCAAUAUUAUAUGGCAUCAAGAUGGCGCCCCGCCUCAUAACUUUAGGCCAGUAAGGAUUUUUUUAAAUAAUCGUUUUAUUCAGUGGACUGGAACCCAUGGUACCAUUAACUGGCCACCAAACAGCCCUGAUUUGACUCUUCUAGAUAGUUUUUUAUGGGGGUAUCUUAAAAAUGAAGUUUAUAAGGAAAGAAGUGAAAAUUUGGAGGAAUUAAGGGAAAAAAUUCAAAGAAGUAUAAACUCCUUAAAUGAAGAACACCCUGAAUAUAUUUCAAAUGCUCUGUUAAAACUGGACAAAGAUUAUAGAAACUGCGUUGAAAAUAAUGGCGGCCAUAUACAACAUUUGUAAAUAUUUAAAGAA